GGAGUUGAUUUCACUCGUUUGGACAACAUCGAGAAGAUUCGAUGCAUCCUCGCUUUCAUUCGGCACCACAGCUGGGACAUCACCACGCUGACAGAGCUGCUACACGGGGAUUGGACAGCGAAUUUGAUCGUUGAGGAACUCCUGAUUGUGAUUCACAAGAGAGUCGCUGUGGUACUGUCGCCGGCGGCACGGGCAGCACACAUGGCUUCGGACUCCAAGGUUUUCCGCUUCUCUAACCUCGUCAUGGGGGUGUGCUUGAAGCUCCCGAACAUGGACAGGGAGAUCUUGUACUGCAGCGUGUACAUGCUUUCUGGUCUUAUUGCUGAGGAACGGGCCGCCCAAUGGAGUAACAUGCUCAAGCUGCACGAAUCUUUGAAAGACACGCAGUUUGCUGUUAUCUUCCAGGAAGAUUGGAACGCCCACCGCGGCAGGAACACGAUUGCAGACGACACAUGCUUGGGCACAUUCACAUUGUCAGCGGCUACCACACAAUCGGGCCAAGCAGGCGUAAAGUUCAUACAAGAUGCUGGUCUUCGCUGUGUAGAUUAUUUUCUUCCCUGUGAACGGCGCGGUACCUGGAGACACAACGUUAACGGGCUCUGGUACGAGUUGGACUACACACUGACCUCCGGCAUACUUUCUAAAGCUUUCAGGGACAUGAAGACGUUCUCCACGGGCUUCACAGACCACGUGGUGAAACAAUACACUCUCCAGGAACACAAGCAGCAGUUCCAGGACAGGGUCCGCCACCACACUGCGCAGCUGUUGGGCGCCGGACAACCCAGGAACCGAGACGAGGAGUUUCCAGAGAACGAGGCCUCGCAACACUUCUUCGUGGAUGGCUCCGGGGACCCCCUCGGACAGGAGGCCGGCUGGGGAGCUGCAUUGUUCCUCGGAGAGGCUGGAAUGAGGGCUCGCGAACGAUUGCCAGAACACCUUUGCCCAGAUCCAGCCGCAAUCUGGCACGGCCCAGUUCAGGAGAACACACAGGCGCUCGACUUUUUGGGGGCUCUCUCGGCUGCCAACAACACCGGAGAGAUGUCCGCGAUGUGCGUCGUGCUGCUCGCUGUGAUCAAGGAGGGCCCCUCGACGGCUUCAAUGACCAUCUACUAUGACAGCACCUAUGCCGCCAACAUG